CAGCUUAUUCGUCCAGUCGUCAGUCGUCACCACUCAAAAUACGUUUCUCUGAAUCCCAAAAAUUGAUGGAGUCAGCCAAAGAAAAGCUGAAGCAAGAAGCUCACCUUCUUAUCUUUCCCUUCCCCUUGCAAGGCCACAUAAACACCAUGCUCCGCUUAGCCGAUGCUCUCUCGUUUGCCGGCGGCCUCCGCAUCAGCUUCCUUAACACCGACCACAACCAUCGCCUCCUCAGCUUCUUCUCACCUUCCCAAUACUCCCGCUUCUCUCUCCGCUCCAAAUUCCGCUUCCUCUCCAUCCCCGACGGCCUCCCUGACGACAAGCCUCGCUCCGUAAACCAGGUGAUUGAGCUCGUGAUUUCGCUCAGAACCCGCUCCAUGGAUUCCUUCCGCGAACUUCUGCUCGCCAGCGGUGAACGAGACCCGGACGGUUGGCCGCCGGUGACGUGCUUUAUCGUGGACGGAGCAAUGCCCUUUUUCAUGGACACGGCCCAGGCCUUGGGGAUCCCUGCUAUUGUAUUCCGAACUAUUAGUGCUUCUUCCCUUUGGGUUUAUCUUCAUAUCCCUCACAUGAUAGAGGCCGGCGAGCUCCCUUUUUCAGGCGAUGCAGACCUUGAUGAACCCAUAAAGAGCGUGCCAGCCAUGGAAAGCUUUCUCCGGCGGCGAGACCUCCCAAGCAUCUGUCGACAAGCAACAAAAGCCGAAGACGAAGUGCUUCAGUUAUUCGCAAACAUCUCUGCCAGCGCUACGCGGUCAAAAGGACUAAUUCUCAACACGUCAAACUGCCUGGAAGCUCCCAUCCUCUCUCAAACCCACUCCCUUUUCCCCAUCACUUACGCCGUCGGUCCCCUCCACUCCCUCGUCGAAUCCAUCACUUCAUCCUCUGUCUCUGCCAGUCUCUUGGCCGAAGACCGCUCUGUUCUCAUUUGGUUGGAUGCGCAGCCCGACCGGUCGGUCGCCUAUGUCAGCUUCGGCAGCCUCGCGCAGCUGACGGGAGAAGAGUUUCUGGAGUUCCGGCACGGGUUCGUCAACAGCGGCCACCGCUUCUUGUGGGUCGUGAGGCCUGACUUGGUAGCCGGUGGAACGGCGGCUGUCGAGAUGGUGGAGUCGGAGGAGAGAGUGAGAUUGGUGGCGUGGGCGCCACAGGAGGAGGUGCUGCGGCACCGUGCGGUGGGGUGCUUCAUUACGCACAGCGGGUGGAAUUCGACGGUGGAGAGUGCGGCCACAGGGGUGCCUAUGGUGUGUUGGCCGCGGGCGUGGGAUCAGUUGGUUAAUAGUAGGUUAGUCGGGGAGGUUUGGAAGGUGGGUUUGGAUAUGAAGGAUGUGUGUAGGAGGGAGUUGGUGGAGCGGAUGGUGAGGGCGGCGAUGGAGGGGGAGAAGGCGGUGGAGCUCCGGCAUGUGGCGGCCGAAAUGGCGGUAGAGAUCGGGAGGAGCGUGGGGGAAGGUGGAGAUUCCAGGUUGGACUUUGAGAGAUUGGUAAGGGACAUUUUGUCAUUAAGCUUGUGCGCAUCUACAGCAUAGAAGUAUUUUACGUUCCGCUUGUAAUGUAUUCCUAAAUAAAAUAAGGGUGAAAAGCCCACCCAUCCUGAGCUA